AUGAAAGUGACAGAUAGCGGGGGCACGCGGGGGGUGGCGCGGCACGCUCAUUUAACAAUUAAAGCGCGCGGGCAUACGACCGAAGGAGAUGUAAAGAGAGAGAGAAGAGAUUUAGUGUCAGGAAAUAUAAUGCUGACUCAUCAUUUUAAUGAGAAGAUCAUCACGCCCGGUGAAGACGUGAGUUUGCAGUGUGCAGCGACAUCAGAUCGGCCACCAAGAUUUAUUUGGGAGAGAGACGGGAUCGUCAUAUCUUCCAAUACUGACCAAAGGUACACAUUAGGUCAGAUGAUGUCUUCCUCAGGAGUAGGAGUAGUAUCACACCUGAACAUAUCAAGAACUAGAGUGGAAGAUGGGGGACUGUACUCCUGUAUCGCUCUAGAAGGAGAGUAUAGUACAUCUCAUGCAGCCAGGUUGGAUAUUUAUGGUCCUCCCUAUAUAAGAACAUUACUGCCAAUAAAAGUACAAAGUGGUGACUCUUUUAAACUUAGAUGCCCCUAUUAUGGAUAUCCAAUAAGCAAAUUAGAAUGGGAACACAAAGGACGGAAAAUAAUGACGUCGAUGCUCCCCCAACAUUCUCGUUUUAAACGUUACGUAGAAAGGAAACAUAAGAACAAAAAGAGAAAAAGAAGGAAAAGACAGUUAUAUGAACCAAAUGAAGAAGGGGUACUGCAUUUACCGAGAGUGACUAAAGAAGAGAAUGGAGACUCUUACACCUGCAUAGUUUACAGUCCUUCUGGAGAGAUGGCUAGAAGGUCAUUCGACAUUCAAGUCGUAGAAGCACCAGAACUGGAUGAGCUGCGCGUGGGUUCAGGCCUUAAAGAAGGCCAAAUUGUCCAGAUAACCUGCAACAUCAUAAGUGGUGAUCCUCCCAUUUACUUCUCUUGGCUGAAAGAUGGGAAGAAGAUUCCUGCUAAUUUGAAGAUAACAGAAAGAAGUUCAGAGUUGUUUAGUGUGUUGAUCAUCAAGAGGGUUUCAUUGGAACACUGCGGAAAGUACACGUGUAUUGCCACCAACCACGUCGGGAAAGUCAACCAGACUGCUGACCUUUAUAUCAAUGUAGCCCCAAAAUGGGUUGAAGAACCAACGAAUACCUCUCUUCUCCUUGGCCAGCGUGGCGUAGUAUACUGCAAUGCUAACGGAUACCCUACUCCUCAAAUACACUGGAUGAAGAAAGAUGCAACCCUUGGUAUCUGGAGACCGGUUUUGGACUUAGCCGGAGGUGGAGUCCUUAGCUACCCGAACGGUACUCUGAUCAUCGAAGUGGUGUCCCUGUCUGAUGAAGGAAUGUACGCUUGUAAUGUCGAGAACGGUGUUGGAGAUGCUCUUAAUAGGAAUCUUUGGAUUAGUGUUAAUAAGCCGGUGCACUUCGAGUCAGUAGGAACGAACCUUACUACCAAGAUGGGACUGCCAGUCACUCUAACAUGUCGACCGAUGGGUGACAAUCCUAUUAGAGUGAAAUGGACUAUAAAUGGAAUUCCUGUGGAUUUCACUUCUUCGAGGAUCACAAUAUCGGAGACAAUGACUCACAAUGGGAUCAAAAGCAUCAUUAACAUCAACUAUGUGGAGAGUAGAGACGGGGGAAGUUACGAGUGCAAAGCCAGCAAUCCAUACGGCAUCGCUGCUUAUACUGUGCAUUUGAAUAUUCUUGAGCCACCCACUCCUCCAUUGGACUUGCAAGUGGACUCAGUGACCAGCAUCUCUGCCAAGCUGAGCUGGAGAGACACCACCAGCACCCACGUUCAAUACUACACCAUACAGUAUGCCAGCAACGACUUCACACUUUGGGAUACUGCUAAAAAUAUUAAUAUUACCAGACAAGACAGCGACCUCCGUCAGAGUAUAGAACUGCGGGACCUUCAACCAGCAGUAGACUACAGAGUACGAGUGGCAUCUGGCAACCAAGUGGACCUAAGUCCGUUCACGCAGCCUGUACAUUUCACUACUCAACAGGAAGCACCAUCAUCAACCCCACUCAGCGUGCAAGUCCAGCAGACUGAUAAUCCUGGUGAGCUGGUGGUGUCCUGGCUGCCGCCACCGCGAGACAGUCACAACGGCCAACUUCAAGGGUACCAUGUAAAGGCUGUACCCAGGAUCAGUGGGGAAGCUGGACCAAACGAUACACAAACGAAGUUGUUGAAGAUAAUAGCGAGGAAGGGCAAACAAGAAACGCUACUCAGCGGAUUACUGAAAAAUACCAGGUAUGCAGUAUCAGUAAGUGCCUUUAACUCAGCUGGAAAUGGACCUUUCUCUCUACCAGUCUAUCAAACUACGAGAGAAGGAGCACCAGAGCAUCCACCGUCAGCAGUAGAAUGUCGAGGCGUGUCGUCAUCUUCUCUGCGUAUCGCCUGGCAGCCGAUACCAUCGUAUGGCACCUCUCUUCUUGGCUACUCCAUUUAUUAUAGUACUGAAGAUGGUCCAUGGCAGAAUAUAAGCUCACCGCACACAGAGAUCUACCUCCAAGCAUUGUCAAAAUAUACCAACUACACUGUGAAAGUAGCUGGGUUCUCUAACUACGGGCUCGGGCCGUUUUCAUAUCCCGUUAUUUGCACUACUUUGCAAGAUGCUCCCGGUCCACCAGCGGCCAUCAAAGUGCUGGUAUCAUCCGCCUCUUCACUCCUUGUCAGCUGGAAGAAACCUGACCAGCCUAACGGAGAGAUCACGCACUAUACUGUUUAUGUGAAACCUGUUUCAAGCACAAUAUCUCCUCAAAGCUACCGAGUAGAACCAUCUCAAGACAACGUAUUUCGACAACUAUCGUUCCCUGUAAGCGGUUUGACGUCAGGAAGACAGUACGAAGUGUUUGUUAGAGCUCACACAGCUGCUGGGGAAGGGACACCCAGUAAUAGAGUGCAUAUUGAACUGCAUUCUAGAGUUGUUGCCGGUGUUGCAUCCCUCGGUGGCCCUAUAUCAGUAGGAGUGGGAAGCUCCCUACUCCUAGUGUGUCAAUGUGUGGGCGUCCCCCCUCCUCGAACCGUGUGGUACCACAAGCACAACAUCAUCACUCACCAUCCUCGCUUCACCAGGAACCAUGAUGAUAGUCUGCUUAUCAAUAACAUAGACCAAUCCCUCAGCGGUAACUACACCUGCUUAGCCAAGAACCUCUACGGCUCGGACUCAGUAUCAUAUGAAGUAUCAGUGUUACCGACACCUGAACCUCCGACUUUGAGAGUGACCUCUCAUAAAAAUGCUCUCCAUCUAACCUGGGACGAGCCUAGGAGAGGGAGUGGGAAGUUACAGAAAAUUAGUUACAAUCUAACAUGGAAAGAAACAAACGGUUCCUGGCAGGAUGCCUGGUCAAAUAAGGGCACCUCAAUCCAAGGAACUCAGGAGUUUACUCUUCAGGGUCUCAAAUGUGGGACCAAGUACUCUUUAAGGAUGACAGCUUCCAAUAGCGUUGGGUCUUCACAACCCACUUACGUGGAUGCUACCACUUUAGGGGGAGUCCCAAUAUCACCAACAAGUACAGAAUGGUUUUGGAGUAACGCCACUCAUAUCUACAUCCAGCUGAGUGGUUGGGAUGACAAUGGAUGCGAAGUCACCAGGUGGGAGGUGGACUACAGAGAGUACGGUGGAAAGACGUGGAAGAAAGCUGAUAAUAAAGUUCCACAGCUUGAUCAGCAAUGGGGCCACUACUCAUCGUCUGUCCUCAACCAGCCGAAUUCAUUCGUCAUCGCUGAGCUAUCAGCUGCGCAGUGGUACCAGAUAAGGAUUACUGCCGAAAACUCCGCCGGUAUAUCCACUUCAGUGUACAAUUAUGCUACUACCACUAUUCUUGGAGAAUCCAUUGGUCCCCCAUCAGAGUUCAUUGACCUCAAUAUGCUUGUCAUCAUAUGCAGCUCAAUUCUUCUUAUGCUGUGUUCUUUGACUUGCGUGUAUAUUUUGGUGAAGAGACAUAAUCACCAUCGUCUUACAGAGUACAGGAAUUCUCUAACAGCAGAGUGUAAAUCAGAACGAAGCAACGUCACAGCUAACACUCCUCAAAGUGUUGCCAAUGACAACAACAGGGUAUACAGCACUCCCAUACACUUACCUGCUGACAGUAAACAUGAAUUAUACGAAAUAAGUCCAUACGCACAAUUCGCCAUAGGUUUUCGGACGUUCGGUCAUGUGGACAACCAAGAAGUGCCGAGCAGGCUACAUCUGCCAGGCAACAGUAAAUCCAGAUAUGAUAGCGAAACAAGCUUUCAGAUGAGGUCGGAAUCUGAAGAGAGUGACUGCGUAUCUCGAACAACUACAUUGAAAAGUGCGCCUAGAAAAGGCUGCAGAGUACCACAUCAUAGGUAGCUGAGGAAGAAACCAAAUAUAAUAGUAAAUCAAUAGUUAACAAUAUUUUUAAAAGGUUGUGUUCAUUGUUCAUCUUAACUGUUUACGAUUUAA